GCACAGCAAACACAUCUUCAAGCAGUUUCCUGUGCAGAGUCCUGGUUGCAGCAGUAUAACCAUGGCUUCUCAGGGCCUCCAGAUAAUGGGCGUGCUGCUAGCCUUCGUCGGCUGGCUGGGCACCAUCAUCACCUGCGCUAUGCCCAUGUGGAGAGUCACCGCCUUUGUCGGGGCGAACAUCGUCACCGCCCAGGUUAUCUGGGAAGGCUUGUGGAUGAACUGCGUGGUGCAGAGCACGGGGCAGAUGCAGUGCAAAGUGUACGACUCCAUGCUGGCUCUGCCUCAGGACCUGCAGGCCGCCAGGGCCAUGGUGGUCAUCUCUGUGAUUGUCGGAGUGUUCGGCGUCCUCAUGGCCGUGGUGGGAGGAAAGUGCACCAACUGCAUGGAGGACGAAGUGGCCAAAGCCAAAGCCUGUAUCGUGUCUGGAGUGAUUUUCAUCAUAGCAGCCCUGCUCAUCAUGAUUCCAGUGUCGUGGUCAGCUCACGCAGUCAUCAGGGACUUCUAUAACCCCCUUCUGACUGCAGCUCAAAGAAGAGAGCUUGGAGCUGCUCUGUACAUCGGCUGGGGCUCCACUGGGCUGCUGCUGCUGGGAGGAGGCCUGCUCUGCAACAACUGCCCCCCAAAGGACGGCAGACCCUACAUGCCUGCCAAGUUUGUCCCUGCAAGAACCGUAUCUUCAAAUGUGGACUAUGUGUGAGUGUUUUUGUUAUGAAUCCAUUUUGCUCAAAGAUGUUGUUGCUGAGACUGAAAAACGUAAGAAGAAAGAAAACUACAUUCUAUAUCCAUGUAGGCUUGGCUGAUAGAGAGGAAUUCGUCCACUCAUUUUCUAAAUUUGAAUGAUUUUUUUUUUUUUUUUUUAGAAUAUUUUAGUGCACUGAAUAACAUAAUGCAUUUAAAGGAUUUUCUGGGAUAUAAACUUUGAACAGCCAGUGGUUGUACUCCUUGAAUGGACUUGAUAAUGAUAAAUGUGAUAAAUGUGAAUACUGACAAGUUCCUAAUUAAAAUUCCCUUUUCUAACUCUUGCAUAAGCUGCUGCUAAGAGAAACUGUGACAAUCAAACAUUUCAAUCAAUUAAGUUUUUUUUUAUACUUACCUGUACAAAAAUGUAAUAAUGACU